AUGACAUCAUCUGAUCAUGUAUUGGCUACACCCUCACCACAGCCUCCCAUUGUUGCAUUCACUGCUCCUCCGCGAAUAAACUCCGGGCGUCCCACCUCUCAGUCUUCCAAAGGUACUCACUGCAAGUUUUGCCGUGCCAGAGGCCAUGACAUCUCUGUUUGUCGUAAGCUACAGAAAUUUGUGCAAGAGCAGAAUAAAGCUUCUCUUCCUCAGGCAGCUGCUGUAUGUCCUUCAGAUCCAUCGGUUCCUACAGGUCCAUCUUUGGCUUCCUCACUUACUACGGCUGAUAUUGAGGCAGUUGUUCAACAGGUUUUAUCCCGCACUUCCACUGCCCUUUCUGUCACCUCAGGAUCCCCGGACGGGUCAAGUGCUUGGGACAGGCCGUAAGGUUGGUCGCAUGUUUGAGGUUCAUGACUUGAAGAUUCCUUCACAAGUUGUUUCUGCAGCUGCUACCACUGCCACCUCCUCACCUGAUCUAUGGCAUGCUCGUCUUGGUCAUCCAUCCUUAUCUCGUCUUCAAUUAUUGGCUUCUCAAGGUCAUUUAGGUUCAGUUCAGUUUCAAAAAUUUGAUUGUACUUCCUGUCAUUUUGGCAAACAAACAAAACUGCCCUUUAAUAAAAGUGACUCUUUUUCAUCUGCCC